GAGACAGAGAGAGAGAGAGAAAGAGAAGGAGGCAGACGUAUUAAUUAAACGGCUCAUUUUCAUCGUAGGACAAAAACGCGAGUUUAACGCCCAUCGUCGACUAAAUGCGUUGCCCCACUCGUUGCAGCAUCCACGUAGCGGGCGAGAAAUCGAGGUAGCUUUAGUCCGAACAUUCAGGAACAGACCAAUCACGUUAUAGUAGGGAUACGCCUCAACAUCGGCCUCGGUACCACGUAGAAACGCCCAUUCGUGGUCGUUGCUCUCCCCCACUAAGUCUUGGAGUCAGGAACAAGUGAAAAAGUGGGGAUACGCGUUAACUUGCUUCUCGUUCCCCCACCACCGAGCGGGAGCGCCUCGUUUAGCCUGUAAUUUGCUCAAACACUAGCAAGCUCUCGUGCCAGAAGCAUCAUCCGUCAGAGAGCGCGUAGAGAAAGAAAGAGAGAAAGAGAGUAGUAACGACGGUUUACACGCGACUUUCAAACAAGUAAAAUGUUGACGUCCUCGUCGAGACCUACCAAGUGAUCGUUCUAUUAAUAAUAAAAAACGCUCGACGAGGACAACGAGUCGGCGCGCUCGUGCGCGCCCCAAUCGUGACAGUGUGUAGUGACAGACCUCGAUCGUUUAGUGUGUCGUGGCGUGGUUAAACGAUAAAGGAAGAAAAAACGAGAGAAAAAAGGAAGGAGGACGCGACUUUAGUGUGAUUACGAUUUCAGUGUGCGACGCGCAGUGUUCGGACGAUGUGCUUCAGAGAUGAUUGGGAGAUUUUGAAGGUGAGCCGUUAGGCCUCGAGGCAAGAUUUGCCUAGGAUUUUACAAAAGAGAGGAUUCGCUCCGAGUUUCUUUCUCUCUCUCUUUCUCUCUCUCUCUCUCUCUCUCUCUCUCUCUCUCUCUCUCUCUACCUCUUACCCUUCCUCCCCUUCUUUCUCUUUCUCUCUAUCUACCUUUUUAUUUCUCUAUCUUUCUAUCUCUCAAUUUCCAUUUCGCGAGUGUUUACGAGUCUCGGACGAGGUUCGAUCACGCGCGUUUCGAGUCGAAGGGAUGCAGCGAACCUGAUUCUGACGAUUCAUUUGGAGCGAGCAGGAGGUAGUUUUCGUUAGGUCGUUGCCAAAGUGGGGAAUCCUUCGGUGAGGCGUACGAUAAUCGUACGAUGAUGCCGCUCGCGCCGACGCCAAUCGUUCCGGUGCCCUCGAAGCCAAAGAUCGGCUUCAGCAUCGACUCGAUCGUCGGUGGCGGAGGUGGUGGAGGUGGCGGUGGUGCCGGUACUGGCGGCGGUGCUGGCGUACAGGCUGGCCGAGUCAUCGAGGAUCGGAUCACUGGGAAAGAUCGUUUGGAGCCUCGAGUCGAGAUCGAGCGAGAUGACGGUAGUCCGAUGGAGCUCGUCGAGGCUUCCUCAUCACCAAAGUCACGUCGUAUCGCGACGAGAUCACCCGGUGCUCAUUCCGAAGGUUCCGAUCGACCUGUCUCUCGUAGUUCCUCCGUCGAGUCGUACACGAAUAAUCCGCGAAGGACACCGUCCCACGCGACCACCGGCAAUAAUAACAAUCAUCACCAUCAUCAUCACCACCACCAUCACGCGAAUCAUCACGGACAUCACCAUCAUCAUCAUCAUCAUCAUCUCGGUGGCAGCAAUCAGUUGGAUUUUGGUAAGAGUACCGUUCUCAGUCACAGCGGUGGCUCAACUCCGAACGACAGUCCGAGUCCACCUCAUAGGAUAGCCGGACACGGUGAUUCACCUGUAGGAUCUCAUCCUCAACCACCUCCCGGUGUCGUGAGGCCAAGUCCAAACUACCUGGCACCACCGCCCGGUGCCGUUACGGCUGCAGCAGCCGUCGCAGCCGAACAGUUAAAGUCUCUUUAUGGUAUACCACCUGGACACGGACCGACGGCACCUCAGACCGGCCAGAACGAAUAUCAUACGCAACAGCUCGCGCUAGCUGCUAACCUUGCUGCCGCUCAGCAUUUCCAAGCGGCAAAUCUCGCGGUUGCUCUUCAAGCGCAUCAUGGUGCCUCUCCACACGCACCACCUCAUGGACCUUACCCGCACGGUGCCGCACCAGCUGGACCACAUCCUCCGCCUCAUACUCAUCAACCAGCGAGAGACAGUUAUCCUCUUUAUCCGUGGCUACUCUCUAGGCAUGGCAGGAUCUUCCCUCACAGAUUUGCAGCUGGUCCCGACAUACCUGGCUUCCUUCUGCAACCCUUCAGGAAACCGAAAAGAAUAAGGACUGCGUUUAGUCCGAGUCAACUGUUAAAGCUGGAACACGCCUUCGAGAAAAAUCAUUAUGUUGUCGGGGCGGAAAGGAAGCAGCUAGCGCAGGCGCUAUCGUUAACUGAAACACAGGUGAAGGUAUGGUUCCAAAAUCGACGAACGAAACAUAAGAGAAUGCAGCAAGAGGAGGAAGCAAAGGCGCAACAGCAAUCGGGCGGUGGUGGGGGUGGAGGUGGUGGUGGUGGUGGUGGUGGUGGUGGUGGUGGUGGUGGUGGUGGUAAUGCAAAUAGCAAUGGUAAUAAUAAAAACACCCAUCACGUGAGCAAAUGGCAACAAGAGACGGGUGAUUAUCAUCACGAAGAUGAAGAGGAAGAGGAGCAGAUCGAUCCCGAGGCUGAAGAGUGUUCGAGCGAUUCUGAAGCGUAGCUAGACGUUCUCUGCCUGGACUAAGUUUCCAGGAGUACUAUGUUCUACUAGAAAAUACGACGUAUUUGAACGUCCUCGAGGAAUUUCCUUGAGAACGAAUUCUUCAUGAAGAAGAAUAUGGCUGUUCGUUCGUCUUAUUAAAGAAUGAUAACGGGUCAAAGAUUAUCAUGAUAACUUGACGAAUCGAUUAAUCGAAUUUGAGGAUCUUUGUUAAGAAGAAGAAGUAGAAAAAGAAGAAGAAGAAGAAGAAGUAGAAGAAGAAGAAAAAGAAGAAGAAGUAAAAGAAGAUUGGAUGUUUACGGUCGUACUAUGUAGAGGAUUAGAAAGACACGCGACUUCUCGCGAGAUGGAAGAAAACGAGAAACGCUAGAAGAGAAGAGGGUUGAAAUCGGGCCGGGUCGGAAGUCGACUAAUGGAGGUAUUGUUCGCGAUGGCCGCCGAGGUUAAAUGGAGAUACUUCCGUCGCCGGAAGAAACGGACUGGACGAACGCUCGAGGGAAUCACAAGAGAUCGAACAUCUUUUGUCCGUUGAGAAAUCUCUCUAAGGGCUGCUGCGGAGUAAUCGUGAAGAUCGAGAUCGAUUUUCUCGUGAUCGUUCAUCCUAUUUUUCGAUUCAGUCGUACUCUUUCCUUUUUUUUUAUUUUUUUUCCUUUUUUCUUUUUUUUGUCUCAAGAACAUUUUCUUUCAAACACGUUAGACUGAGGAUUCAGAAGUAGGAAAUAAAGAGAACUUCCGUAAGUUAAAAAUUUUCUAAUAUACGGAUUAUAUUUUCAUAAUGAUCAUGUUAAUGUCAUGAUGAUUAAAUUUCUUCGAUCAUCAGCAGCCCACAGUCGUCUUGCCAUAAUUAAUGCGCCAUAAAGACGAGACGAGACGAGACGGGACGAGACAAGACGAGACGAGACGUCGCAAGUGUGUGUAAAUAGAAAGGUGUAAAAGACGAUUUUUCGAUAACGAUCGAUCUCGUCCGAUCGAUCGAAAUUACGUGUAUAUAGACGAAUACAAGAACGAUAAAGCUAGUGCCAAACGUCGUAAUACUUAAGAAGAGAGAAAGAGAGAGAGAGGGAGAAAAAGAGAGAGAGAGAGAGAGAGAGAGAGAGAGAGAGAGAGAGAGAGAGAGAGAAAGAGAGACACAGUGUAAACUAAAAAACAAAAAAAACACACACACAAGACGUAUUCAAAAAGUCGUAUCUUAGGUCGUUGUUCUACGAACGAGCAGUAUUCCUUUCGUCAAUCGAUGUAUCGAAAAUAUACCGGCGAUUUAAAUUAUUAUGGACGAUACUUAUAAAACUAUAUUUUGCAUCACGACUCUCGGCUAAAGUUUUUCGUUAAGUUGGAUUGUUUUAGUUAAAAUUAAUGAAGAAUUUUGUAGCGCGAAGAUUAGCGAACUCGUUCCAGUUUUCUAUUCUAAAUAAUAUAAAAAAAGAAAAAGAGAGAGAGAGAGAGAGAGAGAGAGAGAGAGAGAGAGAAAGAUUAGAAGUUCUGAUCUCAAUGAAAAUUCGAAUGUAAAUAGUCGAAAUAUUCUUUCAAACGCAGAUUCGUUCUUUUCGUCCUUUUAAUAAGACACAAAGAAAAAAGAAAUAAAGAAAAGUAGAAAAAAGAGAGAUAUAAACGAAUCUUUUGCUUUUCGUCGAAAAAAAAAAAGGAAAAAACAAAAAGUAAAGAAUAAUUCGCUUUUCGCCGAAGGUCGUGUAGUAAAAUAUGUCCCAUACUAAAUGUAAAUAAUCUUGUAAAUAAGAAAUUGUGAUUUUAUUUGUCGUACGAAGACAUAGAAUUGUACGAUCGUCCCGAAGAUUCAGUUCGUGCUUUAACGAUAUAGCGAAAUAAAUUAUAUCGACGCAAUCAACGAUAACGAUA